GUCCAGGUCUCUCCUGCUUGGCACAACUGCCAAGAGCAUCCCCUGGUACUGGGGAUUGCAUCAAGCGUCUCCAGCUACCUCUCCAUCCACGAGGACCAGAGUCCACCACAGCCCCAGCAGCUCAACUUCUCCAUUCACAAGGAAAGGACACCACCAGAUCUACAGAUGUCCAGCACCUCUAAGGAGGCUCCAUCCUACACAGGCAACAUUAAACCUGUGAGGAAAAUGACAAGGGACACUUUUGAAGCCUCGCUGAGUGGUGAAAGAAGCCCAGAGCCAGAGAGGAAGAGGAUGGAGAUGAACUCCAAGAAGGUUUCGUCUGAGGCUACACCCAGCACGUCCAAAGCUAAGCCUCAGAGGAAAAGGAUAACAGCCACAUUUGUAAAGCAGAGGAAGAAUAAGAGGAUGAUGCCUCACAUUCCCAGACAGGCUCCAUCUGAAGGCCCAUCCAACACAGCUGCAGAUAAACCAGCAAGGAAAAGGACCCGGGCCACUUUGGAAGCUGCACACAGUGGGAGCAGAAAUCUGGACAGCACAUCGCCAGAGAGGAAGAAGAUGAACCCAGGUGGUGCGCAGACACACAAAGAGUUGCUUCAAAACUAUAAAGAGGCUCCAACUGAAGCUACAGCCAGCACGAGCCAAGCUAAACCUCAGAGGAAAAGGACCUGGGCCACUUUCAUAGCUUCAUACAGUGGGAUUAAACGUCUAGACACCGGCUCACCAGAGAGGAAGAAGCUGAAGAUGAGCUUGUAUGAAGUGAAGACAAUAACAGGGUUGCCUCAGAACUCUAAAGAAGCUUCAACUGAAGCUACAUCCAGCACGGACAGAGCUAAGCCUCAGAGGAAAAGGACCUGGGCCACGUUUAUAACUUCACACACUGGGAUUAGACGUUAUGACACUGGCUCACCGGAGAGGAAAAAGAAGAAGAUGAGCUUGGAUGAGGUGGAGACACAAACAGCAACGCUCCACAACUCUCACCAGGCUUCAUCCAGCAAAGCCAACGGUUCAGAGAUUGGAGAAGCUCCAGACUGCUCAUCUCCAAAGACGAAAACAGGAAGGAAAGGAAGGGGAAGAAGCAAAAGUGUGGAUUGGCUGAGGACACGCAGAAAAGUCUACCAGAUGCAAAAACCCUCAGUGACUCUGAGGAGGUCUUGGUGACUGUCGGCCAGGCCAAAUCUCUGAGGAGAAGAGAAGUCGGGUAGAGAAGAUGGGUAAGGAUUGAGAGAACUGCAACAGGUACAUGUUGUAUCACGUCUCUGCCUGUAUCACAUUUUGAUGAUCAUUAGAGUGUAGGAGUCAAGACACAGUGACAGUUUUGUGCAGAAAUCCAGACUGCAGCUCCCGAUAGAGGAAGAGGAUCACGAUGAGCCUGGAUGAGGCUGAACCA